UAACUUCAAAAUAUAUUUACUGAAAUAAAAAAUAAAAAUGUAUGAGUUUAAACCAUUUUCAUUAACUGACCGUAAUUCUCGAGCUUAUCCAGUAGUAAGUGUAGGAUUUUUGUUCAUAUCUUGUGACAAUAAUAAUUUAUACACUUAUGACACAAAAUUUCCCGGAAUUUGGUCGUACAAUUUGUCGACAAACUUGUGGGUUGAAUUAAUAAUAAGCUUGAAAAAUAACUUGUCAACUACAGAAGAUAAUAUUAUCGGAAUUAUAAAAGAAGAUAAUUUAAUAAAAAUAUUUAGUCAAAAAAAUUUGACCAAUGUUUCAAAAGCUCAAUUACAUAUUUGCAAUUUGGAUACCAAGGAAGUUGUGAAGCAAAAUUUGAAUGGAUUAGUACCCGACAGCGAUUCUAUUUGUAGGAGGAAUAUUUUUUAUUACAAUAAUUGCUAUUAUACUGUCUUACGCUGUAGACCAAGUAUUGGGGAAGCCUUUUAUGAUCUAAAAAUCUACCGAUUGAAUCUGGAUACUUAUACGUGGGAAUAUGUCGACAAAUCAACCUCAAUGCCUUUAAGUUAUCAUAAUGAGACCUCAUCAUCAGUAGGAGUAGUUUACAACAAUGACAAACUAUAUUUGUUUAUGAGUUACAAUUUGCACUAUAUAUGGAUGUUUGACCUGAAAACAAAUACCUGGAAUGCUACUUACAUGUCAUCGGAUGAUGAACAUGUGCAUGGAGAUAAAAUCUUCCCAGAAUUAAGAGAGUCUUACAGUAUGUCAAGUUAUGUAGAUCCGGAUACCAAUGACACGUGUUUAAUUGUAUCAGGUGGUGAGAAUUUGAGAACCUACAAUGCAGAUUCUGCAAUUUGGAAGUUUAAUUUGACAUCUUUAAAAUGGUAUUUUCUUGGUAAAUUUGGAGACUUGGAGCACCAAUGUUACUUCCGUCGCUGGGCUUGCGUCACUCCAAAAGGCAAGUUAGUUACUUGCGAUGAGAGCUCCGAUGAUCGACGAAGCCGGCACGUAUUUAGUCGGAAAGUUUACUCAGCUUGGACCAGAGUUCCAACGUUAGAAGAUAUGUGUUGGGAUGCCGUGCUAUAUUAUCAUCCAAAUUUGCCAAAUGAAUCCAAGGAUGUUGUUCAAAUCAAAUUUGGAAUCCCUUGGAAUUUUCUUCAAGAAAAAAUUAAAUAAUUUUUGCAGUUUUUACCAUGGAAAUAUUUUCCUAUACAUUUAUAAAUGAAUAUAAAUUCAGGUUAAAAACGCUGAGGUUCAAAUUUACCGCGCUUGCGCUUACACUCGCGCAUGCGCAUCGGAAUCAAAAGCGGGACGGCCUCUUUUACCCAGAUUCCGAUUACACAGAUGGCGCUAUUACCCAGAUCCCUUUGACACAUAUCCCGAUUACGCAGAUUGUGAUUAAACAGAUUUUUUAUUACACAGAUUACUUAUUAC